AUGAUGCCGGCCACAACAAGGAGAGCGCACCCUUGUCAAGCGACAGUCCUCUUUCUGCUCUUCCUUUUCGCCCUCUGUAACAGAUUACACGUCUCUGCUCUUCCCAACGCCGCCGGUGCCUGUCCAGCAAAUGAGGCUGCCGUGGGUGGAUCUCACUUGGGUAGUGUGGCGCGGCAUCACCCUACUAUUGAAGGGUCCGUCACGGGAACUCAUGGAGAUGUGGAAAUCACCAAGGGUGCUCUUAUUGACGGUGGUCUACAUGUAUCCAUCAAUGGCCGAGUACUUGUGGCAGGAAACGCCACGAACGAAUUUGCCAUUCAGCAAGACAAUGCACUCGUUCUAGAAGCCUUAUUAGACGCUGCUGUGUUUCGAGGCUUUUUGCUCCGUCUGGGAGGCAGUAGUGCUCUCAACGGCACCACCACCAACACGGUGGAUACCACCGAUGCUCUCAGAGUGGCAGAGGAUGACACAGACAUUCAAGUGUCCAACAAUCUUUGUGUUGCGACACAGGGAGUGGGUGGUCUGACGCACACGGAUCCAGAGUUCAAGAGCAAGGUGACCGGCAUCCUGUUGAUGGAGGAAUUAGCCGAUAAUCUGCCACUGGAUGUGACUGUCGUCACCCAGAAUCGAGACGGCAUUUCGGAGUAUUACUACUCUCAGUAUUUGCUGAAUGCGGUAGAAAUGGUCAUGGAAGAAGAAGGUACUGAAGGAAACGAGAUUGAACCUGAUGACAAUUCCGAACAAGAAGGAGAGAGCAAAGAAAUGGAGAGCAGGUCCUCCAGGAUUUUGCCAACAAAACGGAGGGAGACCAGUCUCUAUAUGAUCUUGGGAUAUGUCUUCUUGUUUGCAUGGUGAAUAGCGUUGAAUCCCUUGGUUGGUAGACGGAACAAAACAUUGUGAUUGUUUCUGAGAACACCCCGACCACAGGUGCCUCCAAACCGCAGGACGCUUGCAGGCUAGCUGACAGAGGUGGCCAUCGAACGCCGUUCGAUGUCACUGAUGUUUUGGACCGUGAAAGGGAGUGACGAGUGACAGUCGCUUGCAGCAGAAAGAUUAGCCUUCAUGUGUUUGCUGGCAUUUGGUUGCCAUGGGUACAGUACUGUGUGCGGCAGUGCCCCCAGCAACGCAACACCAGCCAGCAAUGGCAGCUUCAUGUUGCUCUGCUCGAUGAUGGUUGCCUAGACUAGUAGAACUUUUAGUAUCCUUGGGAAGCCACAACGGUUCAUGUUUGCAAAGUUCAAAAAUUAGUAUUUGAUAGACUACUCAGGUAUUCGAGCUCCCAGAUGAUGUUCUAUAUCAAGA